AUGGCAGCUAUCAAACGAGAGUUUGGAGGAGAUGAGGAUAAUAUAGCAAAAAAGUCACGUCGCGAAAGCUCCGAAAGCGUUGCCAGCCAUGAGAGCGUUGCUGCGCUGGUCGCGGCGGCCACAGACGCUAUUCACAGUGAUAGCUUGGCCAACAGUGAGGAAUUUGAUAUCGACCGGGUUAUCUGUAGCCUGUCCUUACCAGAUCCUGAAAUUCAGGUGAUCAAAGACUUCUCAAACGCUAAUAACAUUGAUGUGAAGGUUCAAGCCUAUGCAAAACUUGCUGGACAAUCAUGGACAUACUACGUUCAACGGCUUGAAGUCAUUAUCGGACGUAAAUCUUCUGACGGCUAUGAAUACGUGGAUAUUGACCUGGGUCCCUCACGUAUCGUUUCAAGAAGACAUGCUAUUAUUCGUUACAACCUAGAGACUCGCCAAUGGCAGAUCACAGUGCUUGGUCGCAACGGUAUUCGGAUCGACCGUGCAUCAUACAAAAAUGGGACAGUUACUCUACGCUCUGGCAACAUUUUGGAUUUCGGAGGCACUCAAAUGAUGUUUGUUUUGCCCGACUCUGCGCCACAAGUCGCUCGCUCAAUGCUUCCAUCUUUCCAGUCCAUGCCGGCCGGAACCUAUGCGGUCGCAACUGGUGAUAACAGUAGCAGCGGGGCUAGCAGUAAGCAUCCUAGUCCGGAGCUGGACGACGGAGGCAAAUCAAAAGCCAGACGGCCAUCGUCGGGUCAGCACAGUAGUGGCGGUGAAUCAAAACCAUAUCCCCGUGGCCUAGCCAUAGUUUCUCGCCCUCAAUUCCAAGAACACUCCCAAUACAUUGAACAAGACCUCAGUUCUGACGACUGCAAAGACAUUAAACCUCCGUUCAGUUAUGCCACAAUGAUCUCCCAGGCUAUUUUGUCUACUCCUGAUCAUAUGAUGUCUUUGGCUGACAUCUAUUCGUGGAUUUCUACGCGCUAUGCAUUUUAUCGUCAUUCUAAACCCGGCUGGCAGAACUCUAUUCGUCACAAUCUCAGCCUUAACAAGGCGUUCGAGAAAGUGCCUCGACGUCAAAACGAGCCUGGUAAAGGAUCGAAAUGGCAGAUCACUGCAAAAUACAAAGAAGACUUUAUCAAGAAGGCCAGUGCUGGUAAGCAUUAUAAAGGACGAGCACUGGCGUCUCCAUCGCAAAUGAGAAAACAAGUCAAUUAUCAGUCGACAAUGACUCUGUCUAAAGUGGUGGCCCCGCACCCACAGCCAGACCUUGCGGUUGGUGAUACCAAAUCCCCCCAUAUACAACAGGCUGUGCCACCUCUUGCGGAAUUAGUUCCCGCACCAGCCGAGACUGCUACAACUCCCAAGCAUACUCUUAGGAGUCGGCCCAUUUCAGGUAAUGGAUCUGCUGCUUCUGUUCCACCGGUUGUUCCUCCUCUCACAUCGGCAAGCACAGGCUAUUCUGAAGAUCUUCAAGCAGGCUACAUGGGAGAAUACUACGAAGGUGGUAUAUAUUCCGGCGGUAUUCCUCUUCGGCAACUUGAGGCCUACACACCUGAGCGAGGCAGCUCGUUCACAUCGAGAGGAAGGCAGGAAGGCGCAGUCAGUACACCUCAACGUGGCCAAGCCGAACUUCAAUUAGCUCCACCCAGCGCUACCCAUAAUCUCCCGUCACACAUGAUACCGGGGAGCUCGCCCGCACCUUUCUGGAAAUAUAUGCAUCUAUCUUCGACGCCAAUGCGACCGCAGACUGCUGGCACAGAAUCAAGCCCACCCGAUCAGCUACGAGCAGAAGACCUGGGAGAUUUGCCUGGAGUUGAUCUGACCAAAGGGUUCCAGCAAGUGGGCAAGUGGGAAGGAACAGAAAAGGCAUAA